AUGACAGGCGCACUGGCCGCUUUAGACGCUACUCCUGGUAUGAUUGGUUAUGGCAUUGCAAAGGCAGCUGUUCAUCAUCUUGUGAAGGAUCUCUCUGCUCCCAAUGGUGGACUUCCUGAUGGCUGUAAGGUCACUGCUGUACUACCAGUUACCAUUGAUACUCCCAUGAACAGAAAGUUUAUGCCCAAUGCUGAUUUCAGCACAUGGACAUCUCCUGGAGAUAUCGCAAACCAAUUGGAGGGAUAUCUUACAGGUACAUUGCCUCUUACCAGCGGUAAACUUGUUCGCGUUGUUACAGAGGGUGGUGUCACUGCAUUUGAUCAAAUUUAA